AUAGAAUAAUUUUAAAAAGUGAACUUGACAAGAGCUAAUUAAUGGAGUUACGUGCAAUAUGGAAUAAAAUUUUCGUGAUCUUUGGAUUACUGACGGUGUUUGUUAAAUCUGUUCCAAUGGACAUGGAUUCAAUCACAAAUGGAAUACAAAUGGGUGCAAUGGCUGGCAUCGGAAUGGCAAUGGAUUUAGCAGAAAAAGCUAAAGCUCAAGGAAGUAUGGAUGAAAAAAUAAGUUUGGGCCCAUUACAAUAUGAAAAGAAGUUUGACGGUCAAAUGGGAUUAAUAAACAAUGAUGAUGAUUCUGAGGAAGAUCGUAGAAGAAAACGUAGGUCGGUUGCAGAAGAAAAUGCAUCUGAUCAUUUGCGUUCAAAGAGAUCGCCAUGUUUCCGAAGACGUCAACAAACAACAGCUGCACCAGCUGCUGGUGGCGGAGGGGCUGGUGGUGGUGGAGGAGCAGGCGGUACUGGCGGUACUGGCGGUACUGGGGGAGAGGCAGCUGGCACUGGUACUGGAGGCGGAGCUCCUGGAGCUGGUGGAGCAGGUGGCGACGGUGGUGCCGGAGGCACAGGUGCUGGUGGUAAUCCAGUUGUUCCUCGUCGGCGUAAACGUUGCGCCGAAAAUCCAUCUGAUCAAUUUCGUUCUAAACGAUCACCAUGUGGCUCAUAUCAAGCAACAACACCCUCACCAGCUGAAGAAGGGGCUGCUGGUGGGGAAGGAGAAAAUGGUACUGGUGGAGCAGGUGGUGCAGGGGGCGCAGGUGGCGCAGGUGGAGCCGGUGAAGGCGGUAGUAAUCCAGAUGAUGCUCUGCGGCGAAAACGUUCUCCUGAUUACGAUGAUAACGAAGAUGUUAUUCCUAAUCGAAAUACUUUAACCGAAGGGAUAGAAGGAUUUGGUGAGAAGAUUAAACAGAUCAUGAAGAGCAUGCUCGACGCUAUGAUGAAUGCAGUGGAAGGUAUUAAGCAACGAAUUUUUAAUAAUACAGAUAAUCAAAACAUGUAAUAAAGUUGGUCUUUGUGAAAGAUUAAAUAUGUUUGUGACACUUAAUAAAUGGCUCCUUUUUAUA